AAUUGAUGGCUGCAAAACAUGGAUCUUCGAGGCAGAGCUUCGAGGAGCAAGGCAAGGAGAGGCUGCUCCCUCGAGGCGAUGAUCCACACAUCGUGCGCGAGGGGUGUUUUGAUCGCAUUUCGAGAUGGUGGAGCGAUGUGAGGGGAACUGCGUUGAAGCUACAUGAAAUGGGAAGAUCAGACCCCAGAAAAGUGGCGUUUGCUUUCAAAAUGGGGUUUUCUUUGUCUCUCGUUUCGGUUCUCAUCUUUUUCAAAGAGCCCUCGAACUUCGUCAGCCAGAACUAUUUUUGGGCUAUGCUCACUGUUGUUCUUGUGUUUGAGUAUAGCAUUGGUGCUACCUUAAACAGAGGCAUUAACCGUGCGAUAGGAACAUUCGCAGCCGGAGCAUUGGGUCUAGGCAUCGGAGAGCUGUCCGUGAAAGCUGGCGAAUGGCACGAAUUCAUUGUUGUAAUCAACAUUUUCAUAGCAGGCUCACUCGCUAGUUAUAUCAAGCUGUACCCGGCCAUGUUCCAGUAUGAGUAUGGCUUCCGUGUGUUCGUGCUCACAUUUUGCCUCAUGCUAGUAACUGGAACUUCAGAUUUCUUUCAAACAGCUUCUACUCGAUUGCUACUUAGCGCUCUUGGGGCUGGUGUGUGUUUGAUCGUACAUGUAUCCGUCUAUCCCAUUUGGGCCGGAGAAGAUUUGCAUAAACUAGUCGUGAAAAAUUUCAAGGGCGUUGCUGCUUCUAUCGAAGGAUGUGUGAAUAUGUACCUGCAGUGUGUCAAGUACUCUAGGAUUCCCUCGAAAAUCUUGAUCUACCAGGCCUCGGACGAUCCUUUGUACAAUGGAUAUCGGGCUGCAGUUGAGUCGACUAGCCAAGAGGAGGCGUUGUUGGGGUUCGCGGUUUGGGAGCCGCCUCACGGGCGUUACAAGAUGUAUAGAUAUCCGUGGAGCGAAUACGUGAAAGUGAGCGGUGCGUUAAGACAUUGUGCAUUCAUGGUAAUGGCAAUGCAUGGAUGUAUACUGUCUGAAAUACAGGCAUCGUCCGAGUUGAGACAAGCGUUCAAGGACGGGAUUCAGAGAGUCGGGACAGAGGGAGCUAAGGUGCUAAGAAUGCUCGGUGACAAAGUCGAAAAGAUGGAGAAACUAUCGGCCGGCGAUCCGUUACAGAAGAUACACGGUGCAGCAGAGGAUUUACAGAUGAUGAUCGAUCAAAAAUCGUAUCUCUUAGUGAAUGCACAGAGCUGGGAUGCUACAAAACCUCCGCACGAAAAAGCAGUGGACCACGAGAUGCUUCUGGAGCUCCGAGACAACGAUGAGAGGCACGCCUCGCUGGGCGAUGGAGCUCACUUGAGAUCAACGCAGACGAUGAGGAACCCCGAGUCCAGUCAAACGAGCAUGAGCAUGCAUCACUCCGUCUCCCAGUGUGGCUCUGGAGAGGACUUGCUCAGACAACAGUCUAUGUGGCCAUCGCGCCUCUCGGUUAUGGGCGAUGCUAUGUUCAGCGAGCGUGAAGUGAGGACUUAUCAGAGCGCGAGCGCACUCUCCCUCGCGAAUUUCACGUCUCUGUUGAUAGAGUUCGUUGCGAGGCUGCAGAAUCUGGUGAACUCGUUCAAAGAGCUCUCUGAGAAGGCGAAGUUCGCCGAUUCAGCUGAGACGAAGGAGGUUGUUGGAUUCUGGUCUCGGACGCUAAAGGUCAUGUGCUGCACAGACUGACGCGAGGUUAGACUCAUUCCUAGAACUCGUUUCUUUGCAAUAACACAAUGCAUCAAAGCAGAAGGUUUGGUUAUUUGGUGUUACAGAAUAACAUGACUAGGAAGAAUCAGUGUUUUUUUAGCUAAAGAUAAAAUGUCUUUACGCGUUGCAACUACUCGAAAAACAUCGUGUUGUGGUGCUUGAGGAACAAAGCUCCAAGAAACACCGGAAUUUGUAGGCCUAAGUUUGUUAGAAGAAAAACAUUCAUUCUUUUAUUCAUUGAAUAAGAUCAGUUGUUUCUCUGAAAUAUGGUUCCUUAUAUGUUCAGUAAUAUAAAGAAAUUGCUGAUCGGCUAUACAGCUA